GGUGAUUAUUAUCCAAGAGUAUUGAAGCAAUCACUUGUUUGAGUACAGAAGUAGAAGCAGCGUGCGCAUAAUAAGUUGUUAACUGGAUUGACAUCUGCACUGAUACUUGGACCACAGACACCCAGCAGAGGAGAAUGCCAGAUCUCCAACCACCAAAGAUGGUAGCGUCUCAGGCAGACUUGCAGAACGCCAAGAUAGACAUAGGCUACAGGGACUUCUGUGCCCAUCUCCUCAUACCUCUCAAUGCCUGCCGGCGAAAAAACUUCUAUCUGCCCUGGAGAUGCGAGCAUGAGCGGCACGCCUAUGAGAAAUGCGAAUACAGGGAGUAUCAGCGCAGGGUACUGAAGAAGGCAGCUGAGAAGGCUGAGAAGCAAUAAGUGGGGCAAAACAGUAACCUGAAGAGGAGGGUGCUGUGGGAAUAGUGUUUGCAUCAAACAACACCAAAUGCCUCGAGUCUAUGACAAUGCAUCAUAUUGUCGUGACCAGCAAAUGCGUUGAAGAUGAUGUCAUUACAGUCCUUCGCAAGGCAUGCUCAUGCGAAGCACGGGUUCCCAUUGGACUUCUCUGGCUGUGUACUACAUCUAGUAGAUGGGACCUGUUUGAUGCCAACAAACAUUUAGAUAAAGAGGAGUGCCGACAUCAACAUUUGGUAACUUCAAGAGUACGGUACUAGUUGCAGAAGAGAAAGGAAAACAACCGAGGAGUGCAAUCUUUAUCAAUCGGCCUUCUGAAGCCGAACAAGUGUAAACUUGGUUGCUGAAU